CCCAUACCCGCCUCAAAUAUCGGGAAAGCCGUAUUUGCGACUUUAGAAAUACAGAAGCUGGAACUUACAAGGAGUACAUAAGGGCAGCGUUAGCUUAUAUCGACUUUGAAGAAUGAGGAACAGAAAUUCAAACCAAAUUUAAUUGGAAGUGAAACCAGAAAAUAAUCAGGUCAUAAUAAGACAGUUUCUCCCAGAUCAUUUGGUGAAAUAGAAAUAAACUGCAUCAACAGAGCUGCUGAUUGACUAGCACCCGCGCUUCUUCACUCCUUCGAAACUUAAACGUUUAAUUGAAUUACUGCAAGAGAUGAUGACAUAUACUCCUUAGCUGCCAGUGUAUGAAAUCACAUGGAGGUGCUCUUGCGCUCACAUGACAGUCUGAACCAUGGCAGGAGAGAUCAGUGAAGGUGUUGUUCCUCUUUUAGGCUCAGUUCCUGCCUAUUACAGGGAAGUAUAUGAGGCCAUCCGCUGUAAGACAGAUGAGAGAGUGCAGGUUGAAGUUUUUCAGCGGUUGCUCCAAAGGACCGAUCUCUCCAAGACGGUUUUAGGCCAGAUUGCUGAGCAUGUUGACUCCGCAGAUGGAUUCAUGAGCAAGUUGUCACUCUAUAAAGCCCUUGCUUUGAUUGCUCUUGCUCAGCAAGGAAAGCAACCAAGCCCCAAACUCUUGGAGAACUGCAUACAAGAGUUACCAAAACCUCAGCUCGGAGAGCUGAAGGACCUUAACGCAUUGAGGAUGCAGCCGGCUCAGGAGGACGUUCUGAUGAUGUCCCAGACGCUGGACAGACUGCUGGUCAGAGACACAGUCCAGGUGGAGCUCAUACCUGAGAAGAAAGGCUUGUUCCUCAAACAUGUGGAGUACCAGGUCACCAGCCAGCGUUAUAAAAUAUCAGUUUACCGGCGCUAUAGUGAUUUUGAUGUCUUCCAUGAGGUUUUGCUUCAGAGAUUUGCCUACAGAGUGGUGCCGGCGCUGCCACCUAAAAGAAUGUUAAAAGGAGUCUUGACCUCCGUCUCUGAGCGUGAGUUCAUUGAAGGGAGGAGGCGUGCUCUUGGCAGAUUCAUCAACUUGGUGGCACGGCAUCCCUUCUUCUCAGAGGACGAGCUGGUCAAGACCUUCCUCACCUUCAAUGGCUCCGAUGUUCAGACUAAGCUGCGUGACACUUACAAGAAAAUGGGCGAUGAGUUCAUGACCAACAGAAUCGCAACCCAGGCGAAGGAAUAUCUCCCCGCUGACAUUCAGGCUCAGUUCUCAACAAGCAGAGAGCUGAUUAGAAAUAUUCACAACAGCUUCCAGAAGCUGCGGGACAGAGCUGAGAAAAUGGCGGAGCGCUCUAAGGAGAAUGCAACUGAUCUCCUCAUGUUUGGCAGAGAGCUCAGUACGCUGGGCUCAGAUGCUUCGUCUCUUCCCUCCUUGGCCUCUUCACCAAGCACCUGGGGGACACUGCGUCAGUCUCUGAAGAGUCUAUCUGUGGAGUUCGCUGUGUUAUCUGACAAAGCUGCUCAGCAGGGCAGGCGGGAAGAGGAUGAUGUUGUGGAAAAACUGAAUAUUUUCCUGGAUUUGCUGCAAUCGUACAGAGAUCUCUGUGAGCGCCAUGAGAAAGGCGUUCUCCACGAGCACCAGAGAGCUCUGCACAAAUACGGUAUGAUGAAGAGGCAGAUGAUGAGCGCCACAGUGCAGCCCAAAGAGCAGGCAUCUGUGGAGCAGCUGGAGUCACGAAUUGUUCAGCAAGAAAAUGCUAUUCAGACCAUGGAGCUGCGUAACUACUUCUCCCUGUUCUGCCUUCAUCAAGAGACACAGCUUAUCUUCAUCUACCUUCCAAUCACAUCCCACAUUCUGGGGGCUUUCGUUAACUCCCAGGUCCAAGGACACAGAGAGAUGGGAGCGGUGUGGAAUGAACUCCAGCCAAAGCUCGGCUGUCUCUUUGGUGGUAAUAAUGGAUUGAAACCCUACAUCUGAAAGCUAAAUACACGAGGUGCAGGAGAGAACACUGCCGCUGAUAAGGAUCACAAACUGGAAAAUAACUUGCUCUGUGAGCUAAAGAAAAGUCUUCUAUUACACAAUAUACAUUCCAUUCAAUAAUCAUAAGUAAUAAGUAUUUUUAGUAUAAAUGACAACUUCUCAGCUUAUUUGGGGAUUUGAUCAUCAACCAUAUAACUGGAAAAGACAGUUGCCUCAUAAAUCUGUCAUUUUAUGUUCUGCUUGAUGAGGGAAUAAUGUAGAAAGUAAAUCUAAAUGUUAUUUCUUUUUUUUUUUUUUUUUUUACAAGGGACCAGGAUGUAAGAUGUAAGGGAUGACCGUAUAUAAAUGCAUUCCAACUCAUUUCCUAAAGCACCUCUUUAUACACUACGAUAAUUGAGAAAAAAUUGGGAGGGACAGCAAGUUUUACUUUAUUAAAGAUGGGAUUAUUUUUACUAGGUUUUACUAACUGAAUAACUUUAGACCGUUGUGUUUUUGAUACAGAUUUAAGUUCAUUAGGAUGUGUAGCUGCGUACUUUAUAUUUUGUAUGGACAUUUGUGUUAUUUCUCCUACUUUUACAGUGUUUACUUGUACAGUAUGUGGAGCAACAUAUUUAAUCUCUUUGCUUAAAUUGACUCCAAAUUGAGAUAUUUUGAAAGGCCUAUGCUCAAAGUGUUACUACAAAGGGCAGAUAUGAGGUUUAUUGAUUUAAAAUAAGACCUUUUAGCACUAGUGGCAUAAUGUCAAUAACACUAUAAGCUAUUGAUUUACUACCAAAGAGAAAUUAUAUAAAUUCACACAGCGGUGCAAUAAAUCAUGUAACAGGGUUACCACGCAAUUCAAAUUUAAACAUUUAAUAAUCACCACUUUUAUUACCUUAACUUCACUGGAUGAUUUUUGCCCAUAUCACUUAAUAGAUGGAGGCUAUUUUUCACAAUUAGAGAAAUCCUAAUUUAAAUUUGUGUUAUAAUGUAUCAGAGCAAACAAGAUCAGGAUAUUAUUGAAUUCCCUUUCCUUUGCGCUAUUAGACUUUCUACUUUUCAGAUAUUUGGCAUGAAAACAUCCAUGGACAUUUAUGUCUGUACACGUAUAGUUUUUCAUAACAUUAUGUAUUUAAAAAAAAAAGAAAAAGAAUAUCAAAGGGACACUCCCAUAAAUAGGCUCACGUUACCUCACAAACUAAUUUCAUCUCAAAUACACCAAACUGACUGUGUUGAAAUAUAUGAUGCCAACAUGCAAAUCAUAUGUGCACAUAAUUCAACUUUUAUUUAAUGAAGACACUGUAGUACUGUGCAUACAGUAUGAAACAUAUUUGUUUUGGCAAGAAAAGUGUAUCAGAAAUCAAGUUAACUAACUUGCACAGAAUAUGAAAUCCAAUAAAACUGUAGAUAUUGUAAAUACUUUAUUAAAGAAAUUCUUGCUGAAUUGUGUUAAAUCAAGUUAUCCUGACAAUUAAAAUAACAGAAUGCAUAUUUAUGUCAGUAUAUUGUGAUGUGUUACACACAAAAAAAAAUCUCAAUAUGUAAUUUUACAUGUAAACAUUCUCCAUGUACAGUUAACAGGGUUUAAGUCCUCAGAGUUUGUUCAUUUCCUUCCACAAGGUAAACUGAACAACAAACACUGAACCCUGGGAUAUCAUCAGCAUUUGAAGAAGAACUUUGGAAGGCGGACGCUUUUUUUGUCACAGUUAUAAAUGACCUCAGAAACGCAGGUUGUCUCACAGUUCCUCCACCUCUUCCAGUUUAUGGCUGAGGAUCACAUCGUGACCGUGAAACUUAAAGUAUCCGACAAAUUUCUUCUUCUGGAGCAUUAGGGGGAACCACAUGAUGUCAUCAGCCCACAUUUGACUGAAAGGAAUUUGGUCACAUUCGAACCACUGAGGCCGCAUUUCUAGACAACAAGAGAAAAUAAUUAGUGGACCUCCUAAGAAUAAAAUACUAAAUAUUUGUAUCAUCUAUCUUGAUCUGUUAUAGUAGACUGAAGAAGCCUAAUUUGAACUUUGGCUGAAAUUUAUAAUGAAGUGUGACUGUGGAUUUUGGUCCAUCUCUUACAUUGGAGUUGUGCUAAGAAGGGAUUUCUUCAUAGCCAGUAUGGAGAGAAGGAACUAUUAUAGCGACCAAUUAUUCUUUCAAUGUACAGCACAUAGGGGCAUGUGAGUAUUGUGUUAAAACAGACUUAAAACAAAAUAUGAACCUAUCCUUUAAGUGUGUGAACAUAUAUUUUCUUUAGAAGGGAAUAAACAAACCACAAGAUUUCAAAUGAUGGAAAUUUAUAAAAUACAUAAUUGUAGGGGUACACUUUCUCUCUUUUUAAAAACAAAAGAGAGAACUUUGGCAUUCAUUUCCUAACUAAAGGCUUGGUUUCUCCUGUAACUACACUGUGUCACAAAACAUGUAGCUUACUUUUGCUAUCCAGUCCUGUGGAUAGGUUAGAAAAUGUGAUUUCUGAUUUUUUUUUUUUUUUUUAAACAUAACCACUUGCUCAGCCUGCUUCUGAAAUUUAAUUUAAUUUUAAUUUUUACUGUUUAUUGAUCCCCAGUGGGGAAAUUACAAUUUGUUACAAAUGUUGCUCUUUAAAGUCAUACUAGUCCCAAAUUUUCAGCUGCUGCUUCCUAUCUUGUCAAAUUUCUCUCUUUUCACUAACUUCAGCACAUUUCAUUUAAGCUUUUUCCUCCAUUUAUCUCUUCACCCCUUGGCUGUUUGACUUCUCUUGACCUGCAGACUCUUUGGUGGAGUGCUGCGCUUUGCUGUUUGUCUGUAAACUUCACCCAGUUGGCCUUGACUUAACUCUCAGGAAAUAAAGAUCACUGUGGCUCUCUGCA